AUGAGCAUGUCUCAAAAACCUGGAACAAUUCCAUUCACUACCCUUCAUAAACAAUUAAGCCAUGAACUAACUGUGUUGGCUUCUGAAUCUAAAAGAAGGAAAAACUCUCAAUUAAAACAAACAUGUGAUAAAUCUAUCAAUAUUUUGACCACAGUACACAGUAAUGAAGAUUUAAUAAGACAUCCUGAUUUUAUUGUCCCAUUUAUCUUAGCAUUUUCAUCAAGAAAUGUUAAAUUAACUUCAAUUGCUAUACAAUGCCUACCAUUAUUAUCUAGUGUCCAAUGUAUUCCUAAAGAGAGACUCUCGGAUUUGUUAGUCUCUUUCGUCGAAGCUACUCACUUGGCUACAGAUAUUCAAUUGAAAAUACUACAAGUCUUACCACUCUUUUUUAAAACUUAUGCAAGAUAUAUAUAUGGUCAUCUUGUAACUAAAUUGUUACAAUGUUGUUCCAAUCUAUUUUCAUUGGCUAACAAAUCCAUAAUGGUCACAAGUGCAGCCAGUGCAGCUAUGCAACAACUGAUAGAUGAAAUUUUUCAAAGGUUAUCUUAUGAGUGGAUUACCAUUAUUCAGAAUGAUAUAUCCGGAGCAAACAAUAAUAUUAAAAACGUAAACUUAAAUGAUUUAGAAGAAUUUCAAGAUAAGUAUUCUGUUUUAAUUAACAAUCAGAAUAUUAAUGAUGACAAUUAUAUCAAGGUAAAUACUUAUAGAUAUGAUGCUAAUAGAAUUUUUGCAAAUCUCAUAUCUUUGUUAGAUAACCAAUUUCAGUCUUCUUCCACUACAGUCAUUGCCACUAGUACAAUCUCUUCUUCUAUAAACACAAGUAAAGACAUUGAUAAUACUAAUGAUGGCAAUAUUUUAGUUCUAAAAGAGUUGCCAAUGGAUUACGGACUAGAAAUAUUAGAAUCCAUUUUAGAAAAUAAUAUGUCUGUAUUUUUAGAUUACCCAGAUUUACAAUUUUUACUAAGAGUUAAAGCAGUUCCUUUUUUACUAAGAUGUAUAACUACCACUCAAAACUUCCCAAUUGCCGUUAGAUGCUAUCGUUGUAUUAAACUUUUGUUAAGAAAGGAAUAUUUAAAAAAUUUAAACUUAGAAUUACAGGUAGUAUUAUCUCUUUUAAUUCAUGUCAUGCGUAUUGAUUCUAAAGCUCCCGACUGGCAACGUGUACUUUCUCUGGAAUUGUUUAAUGAUCUUUCUGAUGAUUUCGAACUUGUUACACUGUUUUAUUUAAUGUAUGAUAACAGCAAUACUAAGAAUAACGAUAAGGAUAAUAAUCACAAUGGUGACAAAAUGACCUCCAUCAUCCAGACCUUUCUAUUAGAAUGUCUGAAUAUUCUUAAAUCGAAUGACUAUCAAUCUAUACUGAGUAUUUCUGAAAUAAUUGAGGUUAUGGAUAUGCCCAUAAUUACUCAUGAUUUCUCAUCAUCUUCAAAUUCAAGUUCCAAAUUUAUACAGUUACUUGAUAAAGUGUCACCGCCAUCCAUUAACAUCACUUACAUAAUUUGGUUAGUAUUAUCGAUCACAGAUAAAUUAUCUGAAGAAUUAAGUGAAUUAUCCUUAAAGAUAUACACAAAUCGUACUGACAAAAAUAGUGAUCUGAAUAGAAAUACCAUGAUAGCCAUAUACACAGGAAUGUUCGAACAUUUAUUUGAAUUAAAUAAAAUAUUUUUAUAUUCUACUUCGUUAGAUAAUCAUCUUUUUCAAACUGUAGUAAGAUCUUUCCAAAAAUUGACUCACUGUGCUGGAAUUCUUCAAUUGUUGCCUAAUCUAAACAAAUGUCUAAAUGUGUUUGCCAAGAGUAUUAUUCAAAAUAUCCCACUUAAAAAUAUUCCACCUCUUACUAUUGAUAAUAAUAAAUCAGAAGAACCACUUGAUGAAAAAAUCCAACCUGCUGGCAUUAAUUUGAAUAAGGAAAAGGAGAAAAAUAGUAUAGAAAUAGAUGAAGAUACUAAUAAUAACAACAACAAUAACAAUAUUUCUUCUGCAAAUGAAUCCCUAGAAAAGCAUAAAUUAUAUCCAAGAAUAUUUACAUCAAGACAUGUGAAUCUGUUCAGAGCACUAAUGUCUUUAUCUAUUUCCUUAGGCACAAAUUUCGAUAAGGUUAGUUGGGAAUAUAUGUUAUUAACCUGGCAAUGGGUGUCAUAUUACAUCUAUGGACCCUCAAUUGAUUUUAUGGAAAGCUAUUACUCACAAGAUGUUCCGAUAGCACCUUCACUUUCCAGGAAUGAUAUCAAUUCGAUUGAGGUUGGGGUAUUAAAAUUAUUUGAAAACACACCAACAUAUUCAACUAAAUCUUUUAAAACAUUAAUACAAAGUUUGAAUAAACUAUCAGAUACCACAUUAAAUAACAUAACUAAAAGUUAUUAUCCUGUAAGUUUGGACGGUACCAUAUUAUCCUGUGUUUAUAAUAAAGGUUUUUAUAUUACCCAGAUUGGGGAGAUUUGUUCUUAUAACACAGAAAGAUUCUUAAACAAUAAUAAAGGUAAAAAAUGUUGGGAAAUGAUUAUGUCUUACUUUGUCAAAUUAAUCAGUUCAAGAAAUAUCCCGAGUUAUUCUUUACGCCAUUAUGUGGUUCGUAUUUUUAAUGAUAUUAUCAAGGGUGCUACUGAAGAGAUUGGAAUGAUUGAAGAUAUUAAUCUUAAAUCAUCAAAAUUCAAAUCACUGGAACAACUUGUUAUAAACGCUAUGAUGGACUGUAUAAGGUCGUUAUCACAAUUAACUACGUCAAAAGACGAUAUUUACCAAGGUGUCAUUAUCACUGAUGCUGAAAUUAUAUUGCAACUAUUGCUAUCUCUCAAAGGAAUUUUGAAUGAAUUUGGUGACAUGAUUACUGUAUCUUGGCCAGUGAUAUUUCAUAUAAUCAAUGUCCCAUUUGAUUUUUGGUCAAAUAAGGCGACACUUAUUGAAUCUCAAGACAUCGAAGAUUCAUCACUGUUAUCAGGAUUGCAACAAAAAAGAAUGGAAAUGAUUCAAGGUUCAUACGAUGUUUUCAAAUUGAUCUCUGAUGAUUUCCUUCAAUCAUUACCAUUAGAAACUGUCAGGUAUGUUAUUGAUACAUCAAUUAACUAUGUAAAUCAAGAUAUGAAUUUAAAUAUCUCAUUUUCUUCAAUAAGUCAAUUUUGGCUAGUUAGUGAUUACUUAAAGUCACAAUUCAAAGAGGAGUUUCGUGACAAAAUAUCUGACAAUUUUGAAGAUAGAAUAAAUGCCGGCAGUCUCAUGGAAAUAAUUACUUCAAAAGAAACAUCGUUAGUAGAUUUUUAUAAUGGUUUAUGGAUUUAUCUUUUAGAGAGUUUAGUUAAAUGCUCAAAAGAUAAGCGACUUGAAGUCAAGAAUGGUGCAAUUCAAACUUUUUUUAGAAUUAUUGAUUCACACUCAAAUUAUUUGCCAAGUUGGAAACUGAUAUAUCUAGUAGUGAUAAAACCACUUCUUACUAUGAAACAUCAGGAGGAAGAUUUAUCACAAUAUAUUGAUUUUUAUGAUAUUACUAUAAGUGGAUUGGUCACUUUAUAUCCUACGUACUUUAGUGACUUUGAUUCGACUAGAGCUACAAUCAACAUAGAAGCAUGGAUUACGUUAUACGAUGCAUUACAAUACUUAUUUCAUUCUAAAUUUGCUGGAAUCAAAUUUGUGGCAAUAUCUAAUUAUAAAAGAACAUUAGAAUCAGUAUUAGAACUUCAAGAUAUUCCAAACACUUUACUCACUAAAUCAUGUGAACUUUGGUUAGAUUAUAAUAUUGUCUAUAGUGACUUUGGUGAACAACAAAAUUCAAAAUCUAAGAGUGAUUAUGAUUGUGUCUAUGAGUUGAUUUUAACUUUCCCUUAUAUAUAUCAACUUGUUACAAAACAUAAUACACUUUCGUCAGACUUUGUGGAACGUUCAUUAACCUUGUUUAAUACUGCAUCGAAAUAUCCUUUGCUUCCUCCAUAUUCUAAGGAUAACAUUAAACCUUCCAGCCUGCAAGAAAGCGUCUUAAAAGGUUUAAAAAAAUUUGAAAAUAGUCAAUCUAGUAAAAUUGAGUUAUUGAUUUUAUUUCAGUUGAGUUCUAUGACAACAUUAAUGUUUGACACAAGGGAAAAAAUUAUGAAAAAAUUAGCACCCAAAUUGUCUGAUGCUAGUUUAUCGAGAAUACCAACAUUUGAAGCUAUUAGUUUCAGAUCUUUAGAAGUUUUAUGCGAAAGAUUAAAUUUUAUUUCCAAUAUUCAAAUAAAGGUUUCUACAGAAAAGAUUGUUUUAAAGAUAUUACGGAAUUUAUCUGAUACAAUAAUUAGGAAACCUCUCAUUAUCUUACCAAAUAAAGAUGAUUUGCCAAUGUGGGUUUUAGCAUCUAAAUCUUUUAGAAAAUUAUCUCAACAUCUGUUUGAAUUACCAAUUCAAUCAUUAUUCAGUGAUUCAUUUAUUUCUGAAUUCCAGAACUUAUUUGUGAAAUGUUGUUGUCUUCCAAUCCAAAAAAGUUCAAGUGCAAGCGAUUUUAAAACUGCAGACAAUGAUAUCUUAGAAUAUGAUAGCUUAAAAUCCAUUCUAUUAGAAAAAGCUGUAAUAAAGUUAAUGACUGAGGCUAGUAUACAUGAAUUCAUCUUGUGCGUAUGGAAUGCUUCCUUUGCAUACGUGCAUAAUGAUAUAGAAAACGCAUUCAUAUCUCAAAGUGAUCAGCCAGACAUUGUUAUAAAGAAUAUCUGUACUUUUGAAUACCAAAAUAUAUUUGGAUCAACAGUUGAAUCCAAAUUUUCAACAAAGAUUUCCUGUUCUAAAUAUUGUCUGGAUAACCUUAUUGAUUUCCUAUUAUUAUCUGACGAAGAAUAUAAACUAUUAAGACAUUUGACAGCACCAUAUUUAACUCUUAGAAUUGCUCUUGUUUUAAAAAGAUAUAUUGCAAACGAAAACUUAAUUGGUAGAGCCCCAAUUCCAAAAGUUAGAAAGAUUGAACUUUUAACAUUACUGAAUGGUCUUUGCAAAAUAUUUGACAUGAUAGUCGAUACAAAACAACACACCACUUACAAAGUCGAAAUUGAUAAUUUCUUGAAUUUACACCCCUUAAUAUUAAAAACCAUUCCAGUUGCACAUAAAAUAUCAGGAUUACAAGAUAUUGUCUUAAAUCUGUCUCUUCAUUUUGCCAAAUUAGAUUCCCUUUCAAAAUCAAAAUCAAAUAGUUAA